AUGUGCUCCUCCCACAAGCACCUGAUGAAGAUCGCCGACUCCUCAGACCAGGCCCACUGCAAGAAAGUGGAGGACCAGAUCAACUUUGACCACCUGCAGAAACUGGAGUGGAUGUUCAGAGAGGCGGAUGUGGACGGCGGAGGAGGCUUGGAUAUCAUCGAGUUUCGAAGAGCAAUGAAGAAGAUCAUGGGCAACAUUUCCGAUGAAGAUAUCGACGUCAUUUUCAUGAAGGUGGACACAAACUGCGAUGGAUCGGUGGACUGGGAGGAGUAUCUGAAUUACAUGCUGUGCGAAUACCGGGGGAAGGAGGACAUGCAGAAGAGCAAGCUGUUCCCCGAAUUCGUGAUGAACAUGAAGGCUGUCCCGGUGGCCCACACCGAAGAAAUUGUCAAGAUCCAGUUUUUCCCCAACCAGAGCCGGAUGAUGGACAGGAAGCUGAAAUUUAAGAGGGGCAGCAACGCCAGCCUUAGCGGUGGCCGCUCCGCCGCCGGGCGCUUCCUCACCGUGAGCAGGGACGGGAUCCUACAUUACUGGAGCGACUCCUUCAACCUCCUCCGGACCGUUCACCUGGACCAGAGGAAGCGGCUCCACAGUUUGAAACUGUGGGUGAUUGACAUGGUGUGCCUGCCAAAUAUCAACUUGAUGGCGGUGGCAUCGACCGAGCAGGAUAUCGAGUUCUUUGAUAUCGGGGGCAACAAAUGUGACCGUCUCUUUUCCCUCGUUGACCUGGAUGGAUGCGCCACGGCCAUGGAUUACUGGACAGAUGGCUACAAAGGGGUGUUCUGUGUCGGAGACAUGAAAGGGAACGUCUUGAUCUUCACCUCGGUGAACGUCACGACCAACGGGCUCUUCAACAUCCGAGCCUACAUAGGUGGCUUAGCGAGAGUCCCGGUGCAAAUCCUCAUGAAAGGCAAGACAGACCCAUACAAGAAUUUCACGGUGUCGGCUUUGCACGAAGACUGGUGCCAGCAAAUCAUGUUCAUCCCCCAGCUCAACCUGGUGGCCUCCUGCACGCCGGCCGACAAGACCGCCAUGGUGCUGACUUCGCUCCCACUGCAUAAUGUUGGUAAAACCCAAUCCGCUGUGAUUGUCCUGAAGAAAGGCAUUCUCUGCUUCGACUACUCUUCUGAAAUGAAUAUUCUUGUGACUGGAGGGUACGACCCGCUGAUCCGAAUCUGGAACCCGUACGUCACCAGUAGCCCCAUAACACAGCUGAAGGGCCACACGACCGCGGUCACCCACAUCAUUGUGAACAAGCAGAGGAACACCAUUGUCAGCAUCUCCAGGGACAAAAACAUCCGCAUCUGGGACUUGCUGGAUCACUUCUGCCUGCAGUCCAUUCACGGCAGGAACGUGCCGCUCGGAAACGCUCCCAUUUCGGCUGCCUGCUACCACGUGGCUGCCAACUUACUGGCUUGCGCCACUUACAUGAUUGGCAUGUUCUUUGGGACGGAAACCUCCGAGGCAGAAAUCAAGACUCAGGAACAGCCUGUCUGUUGCGUGUUGUACAACAAGAACUUUAAGCAGGUCGUGAGUGGCUACUACAACGGACUGAUUAGCGUCUGGGAUAUCAUGACUGGGCAGAAGAUCAUGGAGUUCCCCACUUCCCAAGGCAAGCUGGUGGAGAUCACGGCGAUGACCUUCGAUGCGCCGGAGAGGAGGUUGAUCACCGGCCUGAAAAAUGGGACGAUCAAGCUAUGGAAUUUCAACAGCGGGGCCUGCCUCGCCGUGCUGCCUUCGGUGGACAGGAACGAGAUCAGCUGCGUCUUAUACCUGAAUAACAAGAUUUUCGUGUCGGGGUGGAGUAGGAGAGUGACCUGGUACCUGGACACCAAGGAAGAGGAGAAAGUCAUUGAAUGUAAGCACUGGAAGUCGUAUCACUCGGACGACGUCGUGGCGAUAGACAGUUACGGCAAUAAGCUGUUGGUGACCUCGUCCUGCAACGGAGACAUUGUGCUGUGGAACAUAAAUUCCGGCCAGGCGUUCUGCAGGUUUAACGCAUCCCAGAGUCCUUUGGUCCUUCUCCCCAAAAGGGAGUUCCUCAUGAGUGCAGAUGGAACCAUCCUGAAAGAGACUCCAAUUAAGGCAGGUUUGUCCCGGGAGGAGGUUGGGAAAAGGUCCUCGUCCCACUCUCGGACAAAACUCACCUUGAGACCUUCCAGCGCGAACUACCCCCAGCGCAACAGUUUCCUGUCUUCGUCUAGCCACAAAACUUUACAGCCCCAGCCAGCCUGGUAUGCGCAAGGAAGCCACAAAAACCUGCUCCAAGAACCAGAUGAUGUUGACAUUGGUGCAACCGGCCCUCCGAAAGCAAACAUGCCAACCUGGCAGGAAGAAGUGGGGAGCUCCCAGGUUGCAGUGGAGAAGAUCCUUUUCCUGAAUUCUCGCGAGCGUGAUCCCAACACGGCCAUUUUGCUGACCAGCUGUGCGGAUGGGUACAUCUACGCCUGGGCGGUUGGCAGCAAAGGUGGAAUGAUGGGCAAGUUCCGAGGAGGCCACGGAAAUGCCCGGGACACAUUGGUCAGCGCGAUGUCCACGGAUGUGAACAAUUUGGUCCUUUUUACUGGAGAUUCCUUGGGAUACAUUGCAGUCCAGGACGGCUGGGUGACGUCUCUGGUCCCCCCGCCCUGCCUAAGCUCUUGGAAGGGACACCUGAAGAACAUUGUCAGCGUCAGAUACGUGGAGAGAUUCAGAGCAAUUCUCACGUCCAGCCAGGACGGCACGAUCAAACUCUGGAUGCUUUCGGGCAGGCAUGUCGGUACGGCAGUCUCCCGGAUGUUUGGCCACGGGGGCAGGAAACCGAGGGGGACGUUUGGACAGGCCACCUGGAAACUCGGGAGCAAGCAGCCGGUGAUUGCGGAGGUGCCGGAGGAGAUCCGCCGCGUGGGCUCCCUCCACACCCUGAAGGUCUUGAAUGAAGGCCGACAGCCCCACUGGGAGAGCACCCGCAGCAUCGUCCAGACCCUGAGCCUCCAGAAGAGGGAGCAGUCCAUGCUGAUGGAUUUCCUGCACAUGAGUACGAGCAGCGCUGUCUCCGGCGCCGGCGCCGGCAAGAUGCAGGACCUGAUCCAGAAGGAGACCCGGAUGACCCAGUUUUCGGAGGACCAGAUCGAGGCUUCCUUUCGGAAAGGAGAGGCGAAUGAAGGAAUGUGA